UAGUGCACAUUAUGACGGCACAGAUAGCAAUCCUGUUGACUUUUGUAGCCCUUGUAUGUACGAGUACAACAGAAAACCCGUAUAAAAACAAAACAGUGUGUUACAAAUAUGUGGGCUGUUUCAACAACCUCCCUCCGUUUGACAACGCUGCUUACGACUUGCCACGCUCGCCCGAGGAGAUAGGGACAGAGUUUUUGCUGUUUACACGGAGGAAUCCAUCAAAUCCGGACCGUCUGGAUUAUGUAUCCCAGUCCUCUGUCGUCAGUUCUCAGUUCCAGCGCAGUGUCCAGACCAAGAUCAUUAUCCAUGGAUUCGCUAACACAGUCAAAACCACAUGGUUAUACAAAAUGAAACGCUCGUUUUUAACAAAGGGAGACUACAACGUGAUCAUCGUGGCGUGGGGGGCGGGAGCUGCGGCCCCCGACUACAACCAAGCCGUCUCCAACACCAGAAUGGUGGCCACCCAGACCCGGCUCAUCAUCGAGGGGCUGGUCCAGGCCGGGGGGAGGCUCGCUGACAUCCACCUCAUAGGUCACAGCCUUGGGGCCCACACCGCGGGAUCCACGGGCAGACAAUUGGGCGGCAAAAUUGGACGAAUCACGGGUCUGGAUCCAGCUAAACCAGCCUUUGAAAACCACCCAGAAGGAGUAAGAAUAGAUUCCUCGGAUGCUGUUUUUGUGGACAUUAUCCAUACUAAUGGAGCGCCCAUACGUCUUGGUGGUGCUGGCUUAAUGGAGGUGUCAGGUCACGUGGAUUUCUACGUCAAUGGAGGAGAGAGACAACCGGGAUGUCCCAGCCUUGUCACCGGGACGUUUGAACAGUUAUUCAGUCGCAAUCUAUCUGGUGCACUUACAGCCGCGUCAUGUAGCCAUAGCCGGUCUCACGAAUACUUCACCGAGUCUAUACUGACUGGCCGUCCCUUAACAGCGUACCCAUGUGACAAUUAUGAGAAGUUUAGCUCCGGAGGGUGCAGAACGUGUCGACGGGUAGGCUGCUCUCAGCUUGGCUUAAACGCAGACGUAAAAUCAGGACGCGGGAAAAUGUUUCUGGACACCCUCAGCAUGGCACCCUUCUUUGGUUAUCAUUAUCUUGUAACCGUUGUGUUUGGGACGCGCGAUUCCAUUGGUCAAUUACUACUAACAGGUCACGAUAGUGCUGGCCAAACGCAUCUAAUUCCUAUUACUAGUUCUGAGGAACAAUUAAGAGCAGGAAUGCCUCAUUCCAAAGUAGUCAUUUUGGAAAGAAGAUUUGCGAAUAUUAAAUCUAUUGAUGUUGUGUAUGUAAAAAAGAGAGGAUUUUUGUUUGGACUUGGAAGAGUACUAGAUGAAAUAACUUUGACAUCCAUUACUGUGGAAAACAUUCAGGCUAACAAUAAAUUCACGUUCUGUUUGGGAGGAUUACGAUUUCCGGAUAGAGUAUCCGUGACCACCACUCAAAGAUCCGCCUCCGGAACUUGUUAAAUCAUCCUACAUAAAAUAAUAAAAAUAUACUUAACAUAGUCCCAAAUGAAACGCGCUUUAAAUUUGUUUUUCGAAGUGCGUAUUUUUUCAAUGUGCUGUUAUGAUGUAAAUUUUGAAUUUUCUGGGUAGGUGUAAAUACAAAAUUUACAACACGAUAACUUUUUUUUACCAAAAUGGUAAAUUUUGUAUUUACACCUACCCAUGACAGUGCGUUGCAACACAUCAUCCACAUGUUUUCUGUUUGAUGAGACAAACACUCACUGACGGAAUAUCCGCCAACACUAUAUAAAGAUCGACAUCGUCAACUUGCUAGAAUCGGUCAAACAGAGACUUUAUCACGGUUUAUCUUUUACUUGUGGUUCAAUGAAAGAUGUCGUUAUAUGUGUGUUGAAUUAUUUUAAAUUGCAUAUAAUUAAAAAAAAAAUUUUUAAAUCAAAAUUCGUUUUCAACCACAUUUAAUAACCC